AGACUUAGAGUGAGAAAAAGGCAGACAGCUGGAGGCCAGUGCUACCUGCGGGCUCUCUGCUCCCUGUUACCAUCUCCCUCCAGGCUGCAGAGCCUUCUGGAAAGCUGCCGCCUGGCCUGGGUCAGAUUGCUUACACUCCACUGCCUCACAGGCCAGCGUUCCCAACCUUAAGCCAGUACACAUUUAUAGAACAAUUCCAUGUGAUCCUGGGGAAGACAGACCGAAGGCGGAGGGCAGUGCUGAAGCGUAACCUCAGGGAGAGGGGCUGUCCCUGCUGGGGGGACACUGGAAGUCAUGCUGAAACUUAAUCCCCACUGUAACCGUACUAAGAGGUGGGGCCUCUAAGAGUCACCCCUGGUGCCACUCUGAGGGACGCUGGGCACUGAGCCGCCAUGGGCAACGAGAACAGCACCUCGGACAACCAGCAGGAGGACUCCAGUUUGCAUAACGUCAUCCUGUGGCCUCCAAACCCUGAAACCCUACAGAGAACUUCAUCAGCUCAGAGUCCAAGGUCCAGGCAACCACCUGGGGACAGUGAGAAUAUAAAAAGGAAGCAGCAGGACACGCCCGGAAGCCCUGACCGUGGGGACUUGUCCAGCGCUGGGCUCGGAGGCUCCCGCACCGCUUCUGAGAGUUCUGCCGGCCCGGAUCCGCGCAUCGUGUCCCCAGAGCUGACUGAGCCAAGGAAGCGCCCACAGGGAGCCGGGGGGCCAGAAGGUUCUUCACUGCCCAGCCCACCCGGGAGCCCCUGCUGGGAGCAGGAGAACCUCCCGUCCUCCAUGCCCUUCGCCGAGUGCCCCCCAGCAGCGGCACCCGAAGAUGGUCCUCACGCUCACCACCCCCCUAGGGAACCAUCUCCAAAUGCCCCAGGGGAUGCCCAGGCAGCGUUUCCUGCCGAGGGGGACAGCUCUACUCAGCACCUUGUGGUUGCCAUUGUCCCCAGUGCCGGAAGAGAGAAAGAGCUGAAGGAAGAGGGACAGAAGUCCUCCUCCCUCCCCAGUUGCAGUGACCAGUUGGCUGGAACGUCACCAGUCCCUCCUGGAGAGCCGAUGAUGGUGCAGCUGUGUGGAGAGGGUGAUCAGCCUGGCGGUUUGGAGUCCCCCAGGAAAGAGGCUGCGGAUGGCUCUCCCCUAGCAAAGUCCAGGGAGGGGGUGGCUGCUGCACAAGUGGCCCCUGAGUCCCCUGCUGCAGCCCAGUUGGACAAGGAGCACUCAGCUGUCCUGGAGGAGUCAUCCCUCAAACCCAAGACCCUGAUCCCACAAGAUCCAGCCCCAAGCACCUCUGACAGAGAAAAACACCACGCGGAGGUACCGCCUCAGUAUUUAGCUGACGACUUGGAAUUUCUCAGGGCCUGCGGUCCCACUAGGAGCAAUGUGGGGGCUGCCCAGGAAACUGCAGUGAACGCUGCUUCCGGAGAGAACUGCCAGCAGCACAGGGGAGCACGUCUGCCACAUGCAGAGCUGUCCCGGGACACACCAGGUCCUGCCCCAGCGCCGGGGACCAGGGGCUCUUGGAAGGGGACUCUGGAUGCCAGUGAUGUUCAGGGUCACCCGCAGACCGGCACGCCAGGAACCAAGCCCAGUCAAGUUGUCUGUGUGGCAGCAGAUGGCCAGCCUGAGGGGGGUCUGCUUGUGCACGUCGAGCCCUCCCCACCUGCUCCGACAGAGGACACGCUUCCCGCUUCAAGCCUCACUCCACAUCCAGCUGUUCUGAUUUCUGCUGCCACAGAAGGACCCAGGGAGAUGGCUUCUGGGCCUGAGAUGCCAGUUUCUGCAGAUCCAGGCAAAAAGCUGGCAGAUGCAGUGUUGGUGGGACUGGAGAAGUGUGCAUCAGAUCUGGGAAGCAAAGGAGAGCAUCCAGAAGGGAGCCCCGGAGAGGUUCCUGCCCCUUCACCCCAGGAGGAGAGACAGCUCUCGAACAGGGAGCAAAGCCACGGGGUCCAACAAGGGGUGCUGCCUCCUCCUGCUCCCAGUGCAUCAAAUGAAAGUACCGGAAGGUCGCAGGGGCCAAAGGAUGAUGCCAAGGCCCCCGAAGAUGCCAAAAGCCCAGCUGGGGCUAAAGAGGAAACCAGAUCACCCGGAGAUGACCCCAGAGGACAGGAAGAAGCCCCAGAGCCACCUGGUGGUGCAGACCCCGGGAACCUGCAGGGAGCAGGCUCUCAGGCCUUCAGCUGCAAGCCUGAUCUGGAGGUGGACAAAGAUGAAGUCUCAAAGCUAAGCAGUGACGUGGAGAGCAGAGUCCUGUCCAGCUCAGGCUCGGCACAGCCACCCGGAAACGGGGGUGCCGGGCAGGCGGGUGGGCACGACUCUCCAUCAGCAGAGGCAGCGUGGCGGCCGAUGGCCGAUGCAUCCCAAUCCCUGCCCGAGCUCCACGAGGAGGACCCCGUCCUGCCCCCAGUACCGGAUGAAGCUGGGAAGCCCACUGUUCCCGAAAGCGCUGUCUGGGAGGGGCUGGGAUUGCAGCCCAAAUGUCCUGACACCUCUCAGGGCAGGGCAGGAUCGGGAAGAAUGGAGGCUCUUCCUACUUUUGAAUCUGAGAAGUCAGAUUUCCUGCCGACUGCUGCUGCCGAGGUUGUACCCAACGCCCAGGAGGCGGAGAGCCCUUCGGGAAUGAAGAGGCCCGGCAGCUGUGAUGGGGAGGGCCUGCCGACACCCCCGGCUCAACCCCGUGGGCCGGGGCAUGAUGCAGCCGGACAGGAAAUGCAUGCUGAUGUGCCGCAUCCCCCGGACGGGGAGAACUGGGCAGCGGACCUUGGGCCCACGACGCUCAGCCCGGAGCGAGGUCGGCAGGAGAACCCCGGGGACAGCUGGACAAGAGGAGUUGCGUCUGAGAGGCCCCCACCAUCCCCUGAGAACCGUCUCCAGCCAACCCCGUCCGACCCAGACGCAGCUGCCUUUGAGACGCCCGGGGAGAAGGCCCAGCCGCCUGCGAGUGGGAACGAGACUUAUCCAAGUGAUCCAGGCCGCGGGGACCAGGGGGCAGCUUCCUCUGCGGAGCCUCCGGAGGGUGUGCGCUCGCCCACUCACGGAGGACAGGAGCAGGCUUUGGGAUCAGACCUUCACAGUGAGCUCCCCAAAGACAGCCUGCCUGAUGUUCCAAGUUCAUCUCCCAGAGACCCAGUUCUGGAAGGUUCUGUGACAGAGGAUUCGGGAUGGUCCGCUCCGACGAGGCAGAAUGUGGCUGCGCCGGGGGAGAACGGGCAAGAGGCAGCGCACAGAGAGGGUCGGUCCUGGCGGGGCUCGCCUCCUGCAGCAGAUGCCUUGGAAGGCGCUCCUCCGGCAGGGAACCUGAGUGGAAAGGAAACUUGCUGCGCCGCCGGGCAGGAGCCGAACAAGUCCCCACAGGAGCCGGCCGAGGCUUUGAAAGCAGGCAGCCAGCAUGAAGAAGCAUGUCGAAGGGACGCGGGAGGUUCUGAAGGAGCUGACGCUUGGCCCCCGCUCUGGGGCCUGAGUAAGAGGGAGACGACCGGCAGGAGCACAGCGGAGGCCCCGCCUUGCCCGCCUGACUCAGUAGCUCUCCUGGAUGCAGCUCUCUGCCCGCCAGCCCCGGCGCCCGGCGUCACACCCACCCAGGAUGCCCCAGACAGGCCGGCAUGUGAUGAAACCCAGGAGGGCAGGCAGCACGCAGUGCCAACUCUGCAGCAGAGAGCGGAGUGCCCUGCCCCAGCAGCUGGCGCUGAGGCCGCCGAGCCUCUUGGAAGUUUCCCAUCAGCUGGAGAGCGAGGUGGCGAAGGUGGGCCCGCGGAGACUGGGGGGACCGCUGAUGAAGGAGACCCCAGGAUGCAGAAGGCUCCCGAGGAACUAGAAGCUGCUCCGAGUGGUGGCUUCCUUCAGACUGAGCGCGGCCUUGCCUCCGGGGAGGAAGCUUCUAGCUCUGCCCCAGGUGAGCCUCGCCAAGUUGAGGAGCCCGAGGCCAGCUGCCAGGGCGCCUCGCUGCCGGGCGGAGAGCUGGGGGGCGUUCCCAGGGGCGCCGUGGGUGUUUCUGCACACCAGGCCGUCCCAGACCCAAAGAGGCUCCUGCCAUCCGGGCCCCCCGAAGAGGCUGCUCCUGACACCCCGUACCUGCUUAUCAACGAUGCUGCCCCGAAAGGAGCGGGAGACAGUGGAGUGACAGCUGCUGCUUCCGCAGGCCCCAGAGCUGCAGGAGAAAGCCCCUGUCCCACAGGGGAGCCCCUGCUUGCCUCAGGAAAUGCCGCCUCUGUGAGGCUGCCCGCUGGCCCCCUCGCCUCCCUCUCGCAAUCAGGGGCUGCUGGUGGGGGGAUCUCUGCUGUGCAGGGCAGCAGCGGAAGCCCCAAAGCCGCAGCCUCGGGGGGACCUGUGGACUCUGUGCCCUACCUGGACAGGAUGCCGCUUCUGGCCAAGGGUAGGCAGGCGACAGGGGAGGGGGAAGUGUCAGCAGCUCCGGGUGCAGGCGCCAAGCCCCACGAGAUUCCAGCGCGCCCUGCCAGGGAGCAGGGCUUGGCGGGUGAUGUAGCAGGACAGACAGCGGGCAGCGGGGGGAGGACGGGAAAGCCUCCCCAGGCUCCGAGGAGCAGCGCCUCAGGUGGCGUGGACGCCAGCUCCACACCAGCCGGCGCCAUCGCUGGCUUCCCUGACUUCAGGGAGCACAUUGCCAAGAUCUUCGAGAAGCCUGUGCUCGGAGCCCUGAGUGGUCCUGGAGACAAGGCGGGAGCUGGGAGGAGUGUGGUGGGCAAGGACCUCGCUGUGCCACUGAGCCCAGAGAAGCUUCUGGAUGGGCCCCAAGCAGUGGGCGUCGCCUCUCUCCCUGUGCCUCCCCCUGGACCGUGGGAGGAGAAGCAGCGAGAGUUGGCUGUGGAGGCUGAGGUUGCCCGUCUCCCUGCCCAGGAUCUAGUUCCAGACAAGCUGCCGGGUCCGGUGGGGCUGGCGUCAGAGCAGAGCCUGCCCGGUGCCAGUGUGGGGGCGGAGACGGCAGGUGUCCCACCAGUACUGAGGGGUGGUGAGAGGCCAGAGGGCGCUGGGGAAGCCCGGCCGGGCCUGGGAGGCCAGGCUCACUCACGGCCUGGGAGCGCUGGGCAGGAGUUGGCUUCAGGUCUUGCCUCACAUGCUGCUACUCAGGAGACCCCUGUGGAGAAAGACACUACAGCCCAGGGGGCUCCUCAGAGCCACAGAGAGGAGGCCUUGGCCCAAGACAGAAUUCCUUCUGGAAAACAGCACCAGGAAACAUCUGUCUGCAACGGUCCACAGAGAGAAGGUGGCACCAGGGACUUUGCCCCCAUAGAGGGUCCAGGUGAUGUUCCAAGGUCCACCUGUGCCCAGGAAGCCCCUUCUGCCCAUGGGGAUGUUUUGGUCAUGCCCGAGGCCAACAGUGAGCCCUCAACCCCUGACACUCUUGGGAGCGAGAGGAGUCCUGGAGCUGCUGCCAGCAUCUUGGAAACGCAAAAUGCCCCAGGAAACCAGCGUGUCCCUGAGCCACCUGCUGGGGAGGUGUCACACACACCCCUGCAGCCUGACACGGUGGCAGGAGCUGCUGGGGAAGCAGAGGGUGACGUCAUGUUGAGCAUGGCUGAGACAGGGGCACGUGCAUCGGGCGACCCGCCUGCAGCAGGUACUACGAGGGCAUUCUUGGCUGCAGCUCGCGACUUGGCACCGUCAGGGGCCUGUCAGGACCCAGGCCGCUCUGCUGGGGCGCCAGCGAUGGAGGGUGCAGCCGCCCCUUGCGGGGACAGCCCAGCCGGGCACCAGCAGGUUGAGGAGCAUCCGGGGCCUGAGCACCCUGCUCCUGCCGGGGACGGGAAGGUGUGUGUCUCCUCACCUGCAGAACCUGGUGAAGCUCGGGACCCGCAGCUGGGACACCUGGCUCCAGAACAGCUCCACGCUGGCAGAAAUAGCCUGGGGCCUGGCCCAGCCACCUUACCUUCGGUUCCUGAGAAAGGUGCUCCAAGAGUCACAGGGGAAGUCACUUCAGAGGAGGCCAGACGUGCAGAAGGAACAGAAAGGUCCCCUGUGGCAGAUGGUGCCGUCCAGCCAGCUGCCCCCGCAGACUUGGAAAGCCCACCCUUAGCUGCGUCUUCCCACCACGGUGGUGUUGUCGGCCAGGUCUCUACGGAUCUGACAGCCCAAAGCACCUCCCCAGCUGCCACCCGUGCGGGUCUCGCUCCCCCAGCCACACAGCACACAGCUUCUUUGCCACCCGAGCCAGCUGGUGAUGGAGUAGAAGCUUCCACUCCCUCCUGCCCAACUCCGGCCAAGGACGCCAGCAGGAGCUCGGACUCUGAAGAAGCAUUUGAGACCCCGGAGUCGACGACCCCUGUCAAAGCUCCGCCAGCCCCGCCCCCGCCGCCCCCCGAAGUCAUCCCAGAACCCGAGGUCAGCGCACAGCCACCGCCGCCGGAAGAACCAGGAUGUGGUUCUGAGGUGGUCUCCGUUCCCGAUGGCCCCCGGAGUGACUCGGUGGAAGGAAGUCCUUUCCGCCCUCCGUCCCAUUCCUUCUCUGCCGUCUUCGAUGAAGACAAGCCGAUAGCCAGCAGCGGGACUUACAACCUGGACUUCGACAGCAUCGAGCUGGUGGAUAACUUUCAGACCUCGGAGCCUCGCGCCUGCGACGCUAAGAGUCAGGAGUGCAAGGCGAGCGCGCGGAGGAAGUCCACGGACUCCGUCCCGAUCUCUAAGUCUACGCUGUCCCGCUCCCUCAGCCUGCAAGCCAGCGACUUUGACGGUGCUUCUUGCUCAGGCAGCCCCGAGGCCGUGGCCCUCGCCGCCCCAGAUGCCUACAGCACGGGCUCCAGCAGUGCUUCCAGCACCCUUAAGCGAACUAAAAAGCCGAGGCCGCCUUCCUUAAAAAAGAAACAGCCCGCUAAGAAACCCACAGAAACCCCCCCAGUGAAGGAGACACCCCAGGAGCCGGCCGAGGAGAGUCCUGUCGCCAGUGAGGAGACUCUGGCGUCGGAGACAAAAACAGAGUCGGCCAAGACGGAAGGUUCCGGCCCGGCCUUAUUGGAGGAGACACCCCUAGAACCCGCCGCUGUGCCCAAAGCUGCCUGCCCCCCGGACGCGGAGAGCGCGGAAGGGGCCGUCCCCCCAGCUUCCGGAGGCGGCAGAGUGCAGAACUCGCCCCCCGUCGGGAGGAAAACGCUGCCUGUGACCACGGCCCCAGAGGCGGUGGAGGUGACCCCGGCAGACAGCGGGGGGCAGGAGGGCUCCCCGGCCAAGGGGCUGUCAGUGAGGCUGGAGUUCGACUAUUCGGAGGACAAGGGUAGUUGGGACAACCAGCAGGAAAACCCCCCUCCUACCAAAAAGCCAGGCAAAAAGCCGGUUGCCAAAAUGCCCCUAAGGAGGCCAAAGAUGAAAAAGACGCCCGAGAAACUUGACAGCACCCCUGCCUCUCCUCCCAGGUCCCCCGCUGAACCCAAUGACAUCCCUAUCGCUAAAGGUACCUACACCUUUGAUAUUGACAAGUGGGAUGACCCCAACUUUAACCCUUUUUCUUCCACCUCAAAAAUGCAGGAGUCCCCCAAACUGCCCCAACAAUCCUACAACUUUGACCCAGACGCCUGUGACGAGUCCGUUGACCCCUUUAAGACGUCCUCUAAGACCCCCAGCUCACCUUCUAAAUCCCCAGCUUCCUUUGAGAUCCCGGCCAGUGCCAUGGAAACCAACGGAGUGGAUGGGGACGGGCUGAACAAGCCCGCCAAGAAGAAGAAGACGCCCCUGAAGACGAUGGUUGAAGAUGUGAUGUCUGUAUGUUCUCUGUUUGACACCUUUAGGGUGAAAAAGUCGCCAAAACGGUCUCCUCUCUCUGAUCCACCUUCUCAGGACCCUACUCCAGCCGCCACUCCAGAAACUCCGCCCGUCAUCUCCGCGGUGGUCCACGCGACGGACGAGGAGAAGCUGGCGGUCACCAGCCAGAAGUGGACAUGCAUGACGGUGGACCUGGAGGCUGACAAGCAGGACUACCCGCAGCCCUCGGACCUGUCCACCUUUGUCAACGAGACCAAAUUCAGUUCGCCCACGGAGGAGUUGGAUGAUUACAGAAACUCCUACGAAAUCGAAUAUAUGGAGAAAAUUGGCACCUCCUUACCUCAGGACGACGACGCCCCGAAGAAGCAGGCCUUGUACCUUAUGUUUGACUCGUCUCAGGAGAGCCCGGUCAAGUCCCCUCCCGCCUGCAUGCCGGAGUCCCCGACGCCGUGCUCUGGGUCAAGCUUCGAGGAGACUGAGGCCCUCGUGAACGCUGCCGCAAAAAUCCAGCAUCCGGUCACACGCACACUGGCCCCCAGCCAAGAGCCACACUUGCAGGUGCCAGAGAAACCCUCCCAGAAGGAGCUGGGCACCAUGGCCUUAGGCAACCCCUCAGAGGCGAUUGAAAUUACAGCUCCCGAGGGUGCCUUUGCCUCUGCUGAUGCCCUGCUCAGCAGGCUGGCUCGCCCCGGCUCCCUCUGUGGUGCACUUGACUACCUGGAGCCCGACUUAGCAGAAAAGAACCCCCCAGUAUUCGCUCAGAAACUCCAGGAGGAGUUAGAGUUUGCCGUCAUGCGGAUAGAAGCCCUGAAGCUGGCCAGGCAGAUUGCGCUGGCUUCCCGCAGCCGCCAGGACGCCAAGAGAGAGGCGGCUCACCCAGCAGAUGUCUCCAUCUCCAAAACAGCCCUGUACUCCCGCAUCGGGACCGCUGAGGUGGAGAAACCUGCAGGCCUCCUGUUCCAGCAGCCCGACUUGGACUCCGCGCUCCAGAUGGCCAGGGCAGAGAUCAUAACGAAGGAGAGAGAGGUGACGGAGUGGAAAGACAAAUACGAAGAAAGCAGGCGGGAAGUGAUGGAAAUGAGGAAAAUCGUGGCCGAGUAUGAGAAGACCAUCGCUCAGAUGAUAGGCAAGCCUGAGGACGAGCAGAGGGAGAAGUCGGUCUCCCACCAGACGGUGCAGCAGCUGGUCCUGGAGAAGGAGCAGGCCCUGGCCGACCUGAACUCCGUGGAGAAGUCUCUGGCCGACCUUUUCAGGAGAUACGAGAAGAUGAAGGAGGUCCUGGAAGGCUUCCGCAAGAACGAAGAGGUGCUGAAGAGAUGCGCGCAGGAGUACCUGUCCCGGGUGAAGAAGGAGGAGCAGCGGUACCAGGCGCUGAAGGUGCACGCAGAGGAGAAACUGGACAGGGCCAAUGCUGAGAUCGCCCAGGUCCGAGGCAAGGCGCAGCAGGAGCAGGCCGCCCACCAGGCCAGCCUGCGGAAGGAGCAGCUGCGUGUGGACGCCCUGGAGAGGACGCUGGAGCAGAAGAAUAAAGAGAUAGAAGAGCUCACCAAGAUUUGUGACGAACUGAUUGCUAAGAUGGGGAAAAGCUAACUCUGAACCAAAUGUCUGGACUUGGCUGUUGCGUGCAAUAUGACCGUCGGCACACUGCUGUUCCUCCAAUCACGUGGACAGGUUCUGUUUUCACUUUUUCGUAUGCACUACUGUAUUUCCUUUCUAAAUAAAGUUGAUUUGAUUGUAUGCAGUACUAAGGAGACUAUCAGAACCUCUUGCUAUUGGUUUGCAUUUUCCUAGUAUAAUUCAUAGCAAGUUGACCUCAGAGUUCCUGUAUCAGGGAGAUUGUCUGAUUCUCUAAUAAAAGACAAAUUGCUGACCUUGGCCUUGCCCUUUGUACACAAGUUCCCAGGGUGAGCAGCUUUUGGAUUUAAUAUGAACAUGUACAGCGUGCAUAGGGACUCUUGCCUUAAGGAGUGUAAACUUGAUCUGCAUUUGCUGAUUUGUUUUUAAAAAAAAUGCAUGUUUCAAACAAAAUUCUCUAUUGUAAAUAAACUUUUUUCUUUGGAUCUUGGCAA